CCAUUGCUCAGUACAUCAACCUAGUAAUCCAAGACGUCCUUAGAAAUGCAAUGAACCCUUUACCAUUGAUCCUAACGGUGAAACGUUUCUAUGACAACCAGGUCAUUUCUGUGGACUGCGCCUCCUUAAAGUCAACCCACCAAUCAUUGAUAAGCUAUGUUGAUACAUGGAUAGGGGAUUCUACAUCUACAGAGGCUGGCGAAAAUCAAGAUGACGAUGAAACAAGCUUUGGUUUAGAAGCUUUCCUGCAAGCACAAGCUUCAAAUCCUUCUCAAGAAAGCCUGGUCAGAUUUCUAAGUGAUCUGAACGAAGCACAGUUACAUCAAGCCCUYGGUCCUUGUGUACAGCUGUGUCUGUCGAAAUUCACAGGAGACGUACGGCCAUUGGUAGAUCAGCUGAUGGUGAAGCCUUGCUGCAUGACUGGUAGUACAGGAAACGAAGAUAUUUUUCCUCUUCUAAAAGAAUUACCCUUUGCAAAUCUUCUUUGGCAAGUUUUUGGACCACUUCUGAAAACUCUCAACGUCAACGGACAUACUGAGAAMCAAGGUGCAAGAAAUAUCUCAAAAGAGAAUAAGAAAAACGUUAAGGUUUUUCUACAUAUUCAACACCCAGGUGUACAGACGUAUCUGGUCGAUUCUUUACAAAAAGAAGACAUUUCUACCUUUCCUUGUCUUUGUAAUAACUUACUUCAAUACUUAUCUGCUUUUGUAUCACAAGCAACAAAGUACUCUAUCAACCAAAAAGGUAACUGUCGUCAAGACAACAAAAGUCGUUGCCAAGGCGACAAAAGUGUUGGGAAAGAAACUCGGGACAUUCUCACGAGCGCACUGUCUUUGGUAUUCCUGUUGAUUGAUGCCAUGAAUGAGAGAUUAGAAACAUUCSCGAAUUGUGGUAACAAAAGCGAAARAGCUGUGAGUAGGAAGUCAAAACAGUCUCUUAUUAUGAAAACCGAGUCUAUCCUGGGGGGAAUUGAGUCUAGGAAAGAUAAAAAUACAGAUGACUUCAAAGUGACCAAAUCGGAAGAAUACUUUCAGCAGAUCCAAGAAGAAUUCUUGAAAACUUUACUUCAAAGUCCAGUGCUCUURAAUUGCUUUUUGUUCAAGUUUGACAGCGACGAAUCCACAGCGACAGCUUCUAUUUGGUCAGGUCUAACCAUUUGUAUCGGAGAUCUCCUUCAUAGCAUUGUUGAUAGUAUUGAAAGUGAAACUGAAAGAAAGCUUYUCAAGCCUUACACAAGAAAGAUCUGUGAGAAGGCGGUUGAUGUGGUGACCAAGGCAACGGUGAAGUCUGAUGUUUCACCAGAUGGACCCACCCUACAAGCUCUGCAGCUGCUUCAAGUGUUCAGUCCAUUUUGUGACCAGGCCUCCUUGUCUGAACCAAUAGCCAAGCUGCUUGAACUGCCAUUCGAAGCGCUGGUCAAAAAAUCCCAAAACCUCGUAGAACCUACUAUAUACUUCCAGACAUUGUUAGCACUGCUUGAUUCAAAAGCAAGCCACGUGAACAACUACAGCUCCAAUCAGGAAUCAGUUGCGGAUGAUGUCAUAAAGGGUGCAGGUCACGUGUCACACCUAUUUCACGUGAAUUUAGAGUACAGUCAGCAUUCGGUUAUAGAUAGCGUCAUCAAAGAGUCAGAUCAGCUGACCUCUUUAGCCAGUCAGGAUUCUUCAUUGGUGGAUUACGACAGCGUGUUUAGUCACAUGAUUGAUGUAUCCAAUCAGAAGGCGGCUUUACUCUCCGCUGCCGACUUCGUCAAACUAGCAAAGCUACUUCAAGAAGUUCCCUCAAUGCAACUAGACCGAGUCCUCCUCAAGCUGCUCAGAACGUCUCCACGAUAUMUACUUGAAGUGGAUACUUCUUUCUUAGACCAUUGUCUCGACAACGUCACAGAAGAUCGUGUUGCCAUAGCAACCAUAUUGAUAGCCUCCAAUGCUUCCCUGAGAGUGCACUUUGAACAGCGAUGUACGUCCAGGAGUCAAGACCGGGACGUUCGUCAGGUAUACCUCAAGGAUCAUCAUUGGGACCUCUUACCAGUGCUUCUUUGGUAUUUCUCGUAUACUGAAAGUACUGGGGCUUUAUCCAGUGAAAACAAAGUCGUGUCGUAUUUGUCARAGAACUACUGGCCGCACUUGUGGAGCUGGAUAAGGGAACCCAAGAAAAAUACCAGUAGAACACAGGAUCUCGGUUGUGCCGCCUUGAAGUUAUUGCUUAUCAUAAAAUCUCACGACACUAAAGACACAAGAAAACUGUUAUCGAAGCUCUUGGACUUGAUCCCAUCCCAGUCAUGGGACGUCUAUCAGAUGUCUAUCAUAAGAAUGAUGCUUGAUUUGCUACUCAAGAACAGCACCAAUGAAAACAAACAGAGAGUGUUGGUCGGGAGUGUUGUGUCAGUUUGUAUGGUGAACAUCUCACUUAUGCUAAAAUACAGCUCAGUCGACGACAAAUCACUCAUCACCCAUGCUGUCUCCAUGCUCUUGGACAUCGUUUCUACACACUCGGAUUGGCUACUGCAAGGAGAGGAUUCAUUGGUUGAAGUUGAAGCUUGGUCUACUUUUGUCAAGAACUGUUUGAAGUAUAGGUUUGACUGCACAGUGACACUACAGUGCAUGACAGCCUGCGUAAAACCGCUGUACAACUCUACCAAACAUGAGAGUUUGGCUCGAGAAUUUCCGCUGACCACUAUGUAUCAACUGAUCUUGAGCCACUCUAAGUUCCUUGACAUUAUGUUGGAGGAUAAUGAACAGAGUGACGUUAAGCUUAAAGAAUCCCUGCUAGAACUGGUCGUUGCCAUAGCUGAACUGUGUCCUGAGUGUUGUGAGUCCUCUCAUCUUCCAGUUUUCUUUGGGUCUUACACUGCAACUCUUAGUAAAACAGAUCAGAGUAUCCUGUAUUUGCUUCAUCUUUACGAAAGAGCGCAAGUGCCCUUAUCUAGUUUUAGGCCGUAUUUGUGGGGCAAAGCAGCCCUAGAUCAUCAUAAAAUCAAAAAGAUCCAAGGACCAUCACUAUGGCAACAGCCCAGCACCAAUGAGGUGUUAGAAUUACUUGACGUCACGACUUUGAACCGCUCUGCACUUGACUUCCCAUUGGAACGAAAACUAAGGCCUCGUGUUCAAAGUGAUGUGGCAGCCAAGGAUAACCUUUCCUCUCUCUAUGACCCGUGCUUUAUUCUUCCUCUCUUCUGCCAUCUUCUUUCUCAAAAUUCUGUUGUCGAUUGUCGCAAGUUUGUCGAACGAGGAGGCCUGGGAUAUACUGUCUCAGCAUUAUCGUCACGUGACGAGCGCAUGCGUAAAGCGGCCAGUCACGUGUUAUCCAGGUGUUUAGUGCACAUGGACGCAGCCAGCUUUCGAGAGAAGAAACAGGUAUACCUGUUACUCGAAAGUCUGAAGAAUGGCAUCACUGAUGUCAAUGCGCGUGUUUCUAGCGUGAUCACGCGAUUCGUAUCCCGUGCUGCGUACGUGAUGCUUCACCCUGAGAACCAGAUGUACGUGUUGGUCAAUAGCUUUCUUCUUCAACGUGCUGUGAUGGAUUUACGAGAAGUCCCGCUGUUUUACACUCUUUUCAACUCUAGCAGCCUCCAGCACCGAAAUGAACGCCAGUGGAUCCUCCAGCUGUUAGUAGAGGGAUUGCGUGAUGCUCAAGACUAUUACGUAUACAAAAAACGUCACGUCAUGGAACUCGCCAUGAGCUACCACGACUCGCAAAUGAGUGACCAGCAAUCACGUAAACUUGUGUUCAGUUUGAUGAAUGCUGCGCUGUCCAUUCACUCGGCCGCCUUUGACUUGGCCAAGAAUUAUGCUGUCGUUGGAUGGAUACACUCCCUUUGCUUGUCAAGCCCAAGCGAUGCAGAAAAACUCAGCACCUGUCUACGGUUACUCCACACAUUGUGGUUCACAAUCCAACGAGGUAAACCAAGUGCCUGCGGUGAAGUGGAAAGCGGUGAUGCAUCAAACAGUACGCCCUACCCACCCAAUCUCUGUGGAGAAAGUCUACUGGUCUGCAAGACGUUGAUCAAACUGUACAGUUCCAGCUCCACCUUGAAUGACUUGCCGAUGUUCCUCGAGCUUCUUGAAUCAGUCUUAAACCACCUCAGACAAUCAUCGGCACAGGGAUCCCAUCUCACUCACCAAGAAGUCUUGCAGCUUAUAACUUUAUGGUGUGGGUUGUACAAUGAGUCUCAAGUGCUAAAUGCACUUAAAAUAGAACUGCAGUUGACAGGACAGGAAUCAAGAGAAGAAACAAGCAGCAAGGAUGAAAAGGGAACAUCUGAAAAGCAAAAAUCAUUCAAUCUCUUGCUUGACAUCAUAGUACUAUGGCGCCCAACUUUGAUCUUAGAAGAGAAUUCUGCUACUAAAAUUACAGAUGGAGUGUUGAUGCUAGCUUGUAAUUUUGGGCUCCACUUUGCUACCAGUGUUUGUCCAACUGCAGAUCAUUCCGACCAAUCCCUCCUCAAGGUGGUCAAAUGGUUUAGAUAUUGUGUCGCUUCAAGUGCGUCCCUUCAGAAGUAUCUUCUCCGUCACGUGGGAGAACCAUGUCUUAGACACCUCCUUUUUCUGUUUGGUUGCGUAAAUGGUGCGAAAACUCAACUUGUCCAAGAACUGAAUAUGAUAUUUUUGGUAUUACUGUCACGUGUACAGCACAUGGAAAAUGAUUGGUUAGGAACGACUGCCAGUGAAAUGGUAAAGUUGCUGUCCAGUGACGUAUAUCGAGAAAUUAUGUCAGGGGUUGUGGAAAUUUUGCUUCCGCUUUGCCCCAGUCCACUGAUAGAUGAAACGGCUGAAAAUGUUGAUGUUGAAGUGACACAACUAGUAAGUGCAUUCUUAAAAGAUCUGUGGUUCAUCCACCCUGUGCCAGGACAUUUCCUCUCACUUGUCUCAAUAAAUAAGAACACUGUAUCAUCAAAACUAUCAAAUGUUUUCAACAAUGGCUCAACCAAGCUCAAAGAAAUGAUAAUUUCAUUAAAGAAAAAAGGGGCCAAUAGCUGAUCAUGUGGUACUCCACAGUAAAUUGUUCUCUACAAUAGCAGACUUAUGCAGAAAUUUAAGGAGCUGUGCAGGUAUUAUCACAAUAGGUAUCAGUAACUGAAUAUGUGGCAAUCAACAAGCUGGCCUUC